AUGUCUACUAAUCAAACUACAACUAAUGAUGAUGAAGAAGAAAUAGUAACAUGUAGUGAAUUACUUGAACAAAUCGAUGAUGAAGAAGCCGAAUUAGAUCGGGAACGUGCACUAUAUGGUAAUUGUGAUACGGAUACAUGUACAUAUCCACAGGGAUAUGUACAAAGACAAGCUUUAUUUGUUUGUAUGACAUGUUAUAAUAAUGGUAAUGGACAAUUAGCUGGUAUUUGUGCAGCAUGUGCAUUUCAUUGUCAUAGUAAUCAUGAAAUUAAUGAACUAUAUACACGACGAUUUUUUCGAUGUGAUUGUGGAAAUUCAAAAUUAAGUCAUCAACCAUGUAAACUCUAUCCAAAUAAAGAUCCGGCAAAUACAGCUAAUAAAUAUGAUGAUAAUUUUCGUGGUUUGUAUUGUACAUGCAAACGUCCUUAUCCAGAUAAAGAAUCACCGACAGCUGAUGAUGCAAUGAUUCAAUGCAUGAUAUGUGAAGAUUGGUUUCACAGUCAACAUUUGGGUGUUGCAUUACCGAUGGAAGAAAAUGAAGCUGAUCAAUUGGAUAUGAUAUGUCAAGCAUGUAUAGUGAAAUAUCCAUUUUUAAUUCAUUAUGAUGAAUCUCUUACUAUUACUGCGCCUCCAAUAGAAGACAAUGCCGCUGCUAGUAAUAGUCCAGCAUGUUUGCUUGUUUCAAAUAAUAAUAAUAGCAAUGAGCUUCAUACAAUCUUUUUACGUGAUGGUUGGCGAAAACGAUUAUGUCGUUGUCCUCAAUGUCGUAAAUUAUAUGAUGAUUCAAAUCUUACGGUCGUAUUUAAUGAUGAUGAUGCUAUUCAAGAAUAUGAAAAACAAGCAUUAGCAAAGAGUGAAAAUCUUGAUGCAGAUAAAUUAUUAACAGAUUCAUUACAAAAACUUGAUCAUGUCAAAAAAUUGGAAGUUUUACAUGGUAUUAAUGAAUUUAAAAAAUCACUUGGUGAUUUUCUUCGUGAUAAAGCAAAUGGUGAUGGAAUAUUAACAGCUAAUGAUGUAACAACAUUCUUUGCUGGAUUACAAGAAAAACGUAAAGAACAAAAACGUACAACAUUUAUUCCUCCUGAUAAUUGUAAAUUUUAA